AAGUUCAACCAAUCGUUUUCCUGCGUGAAUAAAAGGCUCCUUGAUAACCAAAGUGUAACUGACCUCAAACGUCAUCGCUGAUUGGCUGAUCAGGGUUUUCGUUGGCGUCAACUGAAACACACAACUUACCUGUCUAACCACUCUUGGUUGUCUGUAAACUCUGAGGGCCAAGCUGAGUACAGCUCACUACUGUUAAACGUUGAGCUCUACGGUGUUCCACUCAGGUGGACCCCACAACGAUUUAAUUUGGAUUCAUGUGGGUAAGACCCGAGAGAUAUUAGAAGGACAUACCAUCGUCAGAACUGUCAUCUCCAAGUGCAGCUUCACCUUUUUUUGGGGUGGGUGGGGGGUGGAUUUGGGACUGUAUUUGAGUGGAGAGUAAAGUACAGAAGCUGUUACAGAACGAGGAGAGGCAGCGGAGUGAGAUAAUGGCAUCCGGAUCAUCUCUACCAGAGGACAGGUUCUCCUGUCCCAUCUGCUGUGACGUCUUCAAAGAUCCUGUCGUCCUGGCAUGUGGCCACAGCUUCUGUGAAGUCUGUCAGCAGGAAUACUGGGCAGAUAAGAAACCUUGGAAAUGUCCAGUUUGUAGGAGAAGAUUUCCCGUAGCUAUGACUCAACCUCCUCGUAACCUGGCGUUAAAUGACGCGUGUGAGGCCUUCUUACAGGAGAGAAGGCAGAGAGCUUCAUCUGGGUCUGAGAUACAGGAUGGGAGUCAGAGAGCUUCAUCUGGGUCUGAGAUACAGGAUGGGAGUCAGAGAGCUUCAUCUGGGUCUGAGAUACAGGAUGGGAGUCAGAGAGCUUCAUCUGGGUCUGAGAUACAGGAUGGGAGUCAGAGAGCUUCAUCUGGGUCUGAGAUACAGGAUGGGAGUCAGAGAGCUUCAUCUGGGUCUGAGAUACAGGACGGGAGGCAGAGAGCUUCAUCUGGGUCUGAGAUACAGGAUGGGAGGCAGAGAGCUUCAUCUGGCUCUGAGGUGCUCUGCAGUCUGCACGGUGAGAAAUUCAAACUCUUCUGUCUGAAGGACAAACAGCCCAUCUGCUUGGUGUGUCGAGAUUCAAAAGUACAUAAAUCUCACGACUGUGUCCCCGUAGACGAGGUUGUCCAGGAUCUUAAGGAGGAACUCCACACCGCCCUGAAGCCUUUACUGAAGAACCUAGAGGUCUUUAACAACGUUAAACUAGCCUGUGAUAAAACAGCAGAACACAUAAAGAGUCAGGUUCAGCACACAGAGAAACAGAUGAGGAAAGAGUUUGAGAAGCUUCACCAGUUUCUACGAGAUGAAGAGGCAGCCAGGAUAGCUACACUGAGGGAGGAAGAGGAGCAGAAGAGUCAGAUGAUGAGGAAGAAGAUUGACGAGAUGAGCAGAAAGAUAUCAUACCUUUCAGAUGCAAUCGGAACCAUAGAGGAGGAGCUGAAAGAUGAAGACAUCUCAUUCCUGCAGAACUUCAGGACCACAAAGGAAAGAUCCCAGUACACACUGCUGGAUCCAAAACUGGUCUCAGGAGUUCUGAUAGACGAGGCCAAACACCUGGGCAACCUGCAGUUCAGAGUCUGGGAGAAGAUGCUGGGGAUCCUCAAAUACACUCCUGUGAUUCUGGACCCAAACACUGCACAUCCCAGUCUCUCUCUGACUGAUGAUCUGACCAGUGUGAGAAGACCAGGCACGUCCCAGCAGUUCGUUAACAACCCAGAGCGAUUUAUGAGGUACACAAAUGUUCUUGGCUCCGAGGGGUUCAGCUCAGGAAUACACAGCUGGGAGCUGGAGGUGGGGGACCAUCCUGACUGGGUUUUGGGCGUGGCUAAAGAGUCCAUUGACAGGAAGCGGCAGCGUGAUGCAACACCAAAGAAUGGAAUGUGGUGUAUAUCGCAGCACGGUGGGAAGUAUAUUGGAGGAGGAGGUGACAUCAUCGCUCUGAAGAGGAGACCCCAGAGGAUCAGAGUGCAGCUGGACUACAACAGAGGGGAGGUGUACUUCUACGACCCCAAAUACAUGACACCUAUCUACACUCUUAAAGUCAGAUCUACUGAGAGACUGUUCCCAUACUUUAAUAUUGGGAAUGUGGCUAAUGGCAACAACCCUGGUAUUCAGAUCUGCCAAUCGAAAGUGUCUCUGAAAGUGAAGUAAUCCCUGUGUGUGUCUCUCUGUGUGUGUGUGUGUGUGUGUGUGUGUGUGUGUGUGUGUGUGUGUGUGUGUGUGUGUGUGUGUGUGUGUGUGUGUGUGUGUGUGUGUGUGUGUGUGCGUGCGCGUGCGCGUGUGUGUGUGUGUGCGUGUGCGUGUAAAACAUGUGUCAGUUCAGUGGACAUUAUCAGGAGGUCAUUUGGGGGGUUAAGAUAAUACACACAUAAUUUUUAGAAACUACAGGACUGAAAUAUCCCUAUGCUAUGUGCUUCCCUUUUAAUUGAGAAUCAAUAAGAAUCAAUUGUUUAAGAAUCAAUAAAAAAUACAUUCUAUAAGAAUCAAUUAAGAAUACAUUCUAUAAGAAUCAAUUAAGAAUACAUUCUAUAAGAAUCAAUUAAGAAUACAUUGUUUAAGAAUGAACUAAGAAUACAUUCUAUAAGAAUCAAUUCAAAUACAUUCUAUAAGAAUCAAUUAAGAAUACAUUCUAUAAGAAUCAAUUAAGAAUACAUUCUAAAAGAAUCAAUUAAGAAUCAAUUGUUUAAGAAUCAAAUGUGCAAUCAGGUGCUUCUACACCUGCAUUGCUUGCUGUUUGGGGUUUUAGGCUGGGUUUCUGUACAGCACAUUGAUAUAUCAGCUGAUGUACGAAGGGCUAUAUAAAUACAUUUGAUUUGAUUUGAAUUAAGAAUACAUUAUUUAAGAAUCAAUUAAGAAUACAUUGUUUAAGAAUCAAUUAAGAAUCCAUUCUAUAAGAAUCAAUUAUCAAGGGUGAAUCAUGGUUGUUAUUCUUACACGAGGAGUGUGCUGUAUUGGGAAAAUCUCACCAUAAGAAAAGUUAUUUGUUUUGAAUGCAAUGCAUUGUUAUGUGAAAAACUGUAUAUUUUUUCUGAUUAAAAAUAAACUUACUAUAAAACUG